AUUCAAGCAGAUAUGGGCGACAGUGCCGCGCAUCAAGUGUUAAUCGCCGGCUCGAUAGCAGCCUUCACCGUCGACCUCCUCGUCUACCCCCUCGACACAAUCAAGACCCGUAUCCAAAGUCAAGAUUACCAAGAUGUCUACGCUUCUCAGAAACAACACUCUGCGAUUAAGGGGACACUGGGAAUCCAGCCUCCCAAGGCAGCUUUGUUCAGAGGGUUAUACCAGGGAAUCGGCAGUGUGAUCUUUGCUACUUUACCUGCUGCCGGCGUCUUCUUCUAUACCUACGAAUCCUCCAAAUCCUUUCUCUCCAAGACCCUCCCCACAUCCAUCCCGACACCCUUCACCCACUCCCUCGCCUCUGCGGGAGCCGAAUUAGCCUCCUGCCUCGUCCUCACGCCCGCCGAAGUAAUCAAGCAAAACGCACAAGUCCUUCAACGGUCCACUACUAGCGACGGGAAACCCAAAUCCACCUCCCUUGAAGCCCUCAACAUGCUCCGCCACAGCCCAGACGGCGUAUGGAGACGACUGUUCUCGGGCUACACAGCGCUGGUAGCGAGAAAUCUGCCGUUUACGGCGUUGCAGUUUCCCUUGUUUGAAAGGGUUCGAAGAAGGAUAUGGGAGGUUCGGGAUCGGAACCGAGGGAAGGGGUCUGAACAAGAAAGAAGUCUGGUCGAAACGGGAUUCGUCACCGGACUCUCGGCCGCCGUGUCAGGGUCGCUGGCAGCGUUUGUGACGACGCCUACGGAUGUCGUCAAGACGCGGAUGAUGCUUGCGGCGGGCGGGAAACAACAGCCGGAGUCUACGAGCGGGUUCCAGGUCGCAAAGGAGAUUGUGCGGGAGCGAGGGAUCCGAGGGUUGUUUCGGGGCGGCGCGCUGCGCACGGCGUGGGCGGCCUUCGGCAGCGGGCUUUAUCUCGGGUCAUAUGAGGUCGCCAAGGUGUGGUUGAAAAAGGAAUGA